UAAAUCAGUGCCUAGGCACAUUAAUGAGGUCUAGGAAACAAUUCAGACAGGAUGGAGGUAUUGUUAGUGGGUGGUUCACUUAUCUGGAUGGGUGACAUUCAACCUGUUCUAUGGGGAUUCCACUCCCCCUCAAAGUUCAGGUUUAUAGUUUGAGGGUGCCCUUGGAUUCAGCAUUGUCAGUAGAAGCACAGUUGGAUUCAGUGGCAUAGAGUGUAGGCUGCUAUAUCAACUCUGUCCUUAGCUGAACAGAGAUGGCCUAAUUAUAAUUAUCCAUCUUCUGAUAAUUACUCCUAGAUUACUGCAGUGUGGUGUAUAUAUAGGGAUGUUUUUGAAAAAGUCCAGCAACUUAAGAUGGUCCAAAACAGGGCAGCAAGAUGGCUAAUGGGGACUGGCCAGCAUGAUUACAUUUGUUAUUGUUGCUAGUUGUGACCCAUCCUGACCCCAUGGACAAAAUUCCUCCAGGCCUUCCUCUCCUCCACCAUCCCUCGGAGUCCGCCUAAGCUCACACCGACUACUUCACUGACUCCAUCUAGCCAUCUCAUCCUUUGCUGUCUCCUUCUUUUGCCAUCAAGUCAUUCCCAGCAUUUGGGGUGGGGGGACCUUUACGUUUACCUUUACCUUUAUAUAUGAAGAAGGUUCCCAUAAAGGUGGUUUCCCACCUGCACUAUUCUUGACCAGCUGCAUGUAUCAAUCAGUGUGUUGCACAGGUGGAGUACUACUACUGCAGGUCUUUGAGUAAAAUAGCUGAGGUGGGAACAGGAAUAGAAAAACAGGAACAGGAAAAAUAGCAGCCUAUUAUGGUAAUCCACUGCAUGUGGACAACUUGCCUUCCAAAGGAGCACUCCAGAAUCCUGCAUGUGGUGGCUGUUUAUUUUUAAUUUCUAAAAGAGUCUGUCUUUACCAGAAAGGAAUAAAAAGGAUUCCAUUUACCAUUGUUGUCUGACAAUUUUAAUAGUCAUUCCAUGUCUUAUAUCAUGUGGGUGGUUUAUCUGGAAUGGAUUUGAAGAUACUUAAUGGAAACCAUAUGAGGAUCUUUUCUGUUGCAAAUCAAGCCAUUGAUUGGUUAAGUAUUUAGACACUAUGAUGUGCAUUUAAUUCUAUUCUUGUAGAGAUCUUUUACAUCUUGGAGCCCCAGGGAGGUCCUUGCGUUUAUUUUCUUGCUCCAUACCAAGGGUUCAUUUGACAGUCCCAGUAGCUAUAAAGAGAAUGGGAAUAGUACACCCAGCAAGCAUCAGAUGCUUGAAUCAACACAUUGCUUGAAGUUAAACAUGCACUCAGUGGCUGGAAACUACUUUGGGAAGUAUCUGACAUUCUGCCAUUUCUUCUCCCCUACAUCUCUUAAAUGGAAGCCUAAUAAACAGUGGAUAACUUGCUAAUUUUGUAGCUGCUAUUUAUGUUACAUGGAUGUCUUACACCAUCUUUCUUACCUUCUCCCUUCCUGUCUGGAUUUAUACUUAAGAGCCACCACCAGAAAGGUUGGGCUACAUUCCUGUCAGUCCAUUUUACCAUGGCCAGUGAGUUAGGCAUGUUGGCAGUUACAGUCCAAAACAUCUGGAAGGCACCAAGUUGAGGAAGGCUGCAUUAAGAAAGAGUAUGACUUGAGCUCCAGUGCCAAAAUGUCUAAAAGGUGCACCUAUCCUUCAGAAAACAAACACGUUCAUUUCUUCCCGUGUCUUAAAACAAUUGUCAGUCCUAUCCCUACUGCCUCCUUUUAUUCCAUCACACAUACUGUUCCUAUUAUACCCCACCCAUCUUCCUGUAGUGACUCUGGGUUCUUGCCUCACCACUCAAACUCUUUCUUGCCAUUAAUAUCUUUUGUUCCCCCAUAUAAUGCUAAUAGGGUUAAGGAAGGCAAGCGUUGCUCAUACAGCACAGAGAAAUCUGGAGAGGACCAAACCUCAUUUCCCUUAGAACUUCAGACAAAAAAUAAAUAAAUAAACCAGAACACUGUGAGUGAUCAAAAUGGAACAGGAGCUGUCUUAAGCGGCUAAGGGCAAGACCCUAGGCAUGUUUAGGUGAAAAAAGCCCUACAACUCCCAGUAUGCCCCAGCCAGCCGUGACUGAGAGCUGUAGGUCUUUUUUCCUUCUAAGCAGGCAUCGGAUCGCAUCCCCUUAGCAAGCUGUGUGCGGUGGCGAAACCAGGUAAGUGCGUAUAGGAUGGCCGUAUUAGUUCUUAUUUUGACUUUCGGAAAUCAGCCAAGACCACUGACAAAAAGUGCAAAAAAAUAAAAACCAUAAUCGAAUGCAAAACGAAGUAAAAUGUUAAACUCAACCUCCUUUGAUUUGAGUACUCUCCAAUGGCCAGCCAAGUGCUGCCGGUUAAAGCAUGCUCAUGGGGUCAGAGAGGACACGGCGAUGUUAUCGUUACCCGUAGGGACUACAUCUCCCAGAACCCUCUCUGUCAAUUGCGGCAUCCGAGUUUAUCAGCACGGGCGACUGCAGAGGUGAUGAGCGUCCCUCGCAAGGCUUCAGUGUGUUAGUUGUAGUUAUAGGGGUGUCACUGUUGAUGUAUGUCCGCUCGCCUUUGUUUUUUGUGUAGGCGGCGGGGAUGAACAAGGCGGGGAGCCGCAGAGAAUGUUGAGAGACUUUUUUUCCCACACUCAAGGCUUAGCAAUGUGAUUCAUAAAACAACCAUGUUUGAUCCCGCACUGGUAACCGCAGCGUUCACAUAAGACACAAAUACGGCAGUUUAGAAGAGCCGAGCAGGUCAGUCAAGGAAAGGUCAUAUUGGAGUCACUCAUCGGGUCGCCAUAAGUCGGAGACGGCUUGACGGCACGUAACAAUAACAGCAAUAAAUACUGCAAAUAGCGCCAAAGGUGCUUGCUUUUCCAUGCCACGGAAAGGAUUUCCCAAAUCUACGACAUCUCCCAACAUUCCCAGAAUUGACCGUGCUGGAAAGAGCUGAUAGGAAUCCAAAACCAAUCUACCGUGAGGGAUUCAGGCUACUCAAGAGUAGACUGGAGAACCCUCAUGCUUGUGCACAGAAGGGUGGGAGAAGUUGAACGCCCCCACCCCAUGAUCCAUUAUCUCUAGAGUCUCAGUUUGUACUACAAAAAAAGCUGUAGCCCUUGCAGAACCAGAGAUGGGAGGGGAAGGGUACAGCCACGGUUCCGCUCAUUCAUUUUCCAUGCAAGAAGAAUCUGUCCUUUAGUCAAUGAAUUAAGUCGUAGCAACCUUUAAUGUAACCAGUGUCUGCUCGUCACAAAGCUGUGGUGGUGAGGCCCCGGGAAGUGAAUGCUACCCCCAGAAGUCAUGUUAUUGUGUCUACCAAAAACUAAAGUCAUCAUGUACUUUGGAAUACUGUUGGCUGUUGGCAUUGGGGCCAUCAUGUAUCUGUUCCUGACUAAGAAAAAAGAGGAACCUGUUUCCAUGGGAGAUGGAUGGUGGGGCAAAGGAGAGAAGCCGGGCUUUGAAGAAGAUGCAUCUAUACGUCCUUUUAAGGUGGAAACUUCAGAGGCUGAGAUCAAUUAUUUACACAGGAGACUCGAUGAAGCUAGAUUGGCUGAGUCUUUAGAUCAUGCCUGCUUUCAUUAUGGGUUUAACUCAGCUUAUCUUAAGAAGGUCAUCUCUUAUUGGAGAAAUCAGUUCGACUGGAAGAAGCAAAUAGAAGUUCUCAACAAAUAUCCCCAGUUCAAAACAAAGAUUGAAGGAAUCGAUGUCCAUUUUCUUCAUGUAAAACCUUUGCACGUGCCCGAAGGCCGAUCUGUAAAACCAUUAUUAAUGGUUCAUGGCUGGCCUGCCUCAUUCUUUGCAUUUUACAAAAUGAUUCCUAUCCUGUUGGACCCCGUGAGCCAUGGGCUGAGCAGCGAUUACUGCUUUGAAAUAAUUUGCCCUUCUGUUCCUGGCUAUGGCUUCUCAGAGGCUCCUCACAAGAAAGGAUUUAAGUGUUUGUGUGCUGCUCGAAUCUUCUACAAGAUGAUGCUCCGACUUGGCUUCCGUGAAUUCUACGUUCAAGGAGCUGACUGGGGCUGGUUAAUCUGUACCAGUCUAGCUCAGAUAGCUCCAAGCCACGUGAAAGGCCUUCAUAUAAACACACUAGCAGUGAGAACUGUAGAAUUUAAGCAGCUUCUCUCCCUUCCCUUCGGACGGUUUUUUCCACGACUGCUUGGUUUCUAUCCGGAGGAUAUCCAGCGAGUAUUUCCUUUAACAACCAAAUUCUUACAUAAGAUGGUGACGGAGUUUGGCUAUCUUCACCUGCAAGCUACAAAGCCUGACACUAUUGGCUAUGCUUUGACUGACUCUCCUGUGGGAUUGGCUGCAUACAUCUUGGAGAAGUUUUCUGCCUGGACCGAUUCCAGCUUCCGUUAUUUAGAAGAUGGAGGACUAGAAAAGAAGUUCAGUCUGGAAGACCUUCUCACAAACAUUAUGAUCUACUGGGUUUCAGGCUGUAUAACUUCUUCAAUGCGGUUUUACAAAGAGAAUGCUUGGAAAGCAUUGCUUGGAGAAAAAUAUGACAAGCUUGCUGUACGGGUUCCCACUGGAAUUGCUAGCUUUCCCAAUGAACCCCUGCACUUUCCUCGGCCAUGGGUUGAGAAGAAGUAUGCCAACGUUGUUUCAUUCAACUACAUGCCCAGAGGUGGUCACUUUGGAGCUCUUGAAGAACCAGAGCUCCUUGCAGCUGACAUUGUACAGUUUGUGGAGAAAGUGGAAAAGGCUAAUGUGACCAAAUGAAGAAACAACUUGUUUGGGUUGUUGAGCUGCUAUACUCAAAACUGUGGAACAGGUCCUGCAGGGUUGUAUUUUCCCUUCUACGAUAAACUACAGCACUGAAUUUAGAAAAGGGAAACUUUAAUUUCAGGGGAGUUGUUUGUCUUCUGUCCUUUAUCCUGUGUUGCCAAUCUAAAUCAAUCUGCAUUCAAGCUGACUGUAUUUGCUGAGAGAAGAAACUGACAACUGAGAGAGUGCAGUUGCUGAGGGGAAAAACUAACAACAUAAAAGUCUCUGGAUCCAGUUUUUAUUAUUUAUAAAGCACCAUCUCAGAGGAGAGGUUCCUGUCCCAAGGGGUUUAUUGAUGUCUAAAGAGGGGGAUGCUGGAAUAAAAGUUUGUGUGCAUCUAGGUUUAAGAGAAUGUACAGAUUUUAAUUCUUGCAGAAGGCCUCAUUUCGUGCAGGCCUUGUUGCAGCUGAGACUAGUGUGCCUUGCAACUCCUCAGAAGUUAGUGUUUUCUUGUGUAUUAUUGUAAGAAAUAAAUUGGGCGUGACUGUA